AUGGCAGCAUUCGAUCGUAGUACGCUCGUGAUUGGUGCUCUGGUGCUGUGUGCAGUGUUCUGUUUAGCUAGUGCAGCCGAUACAACGACCGAUGCUGAGAGUAGCUUCGAUGGCGAUAUGAUUGAGGGACGUACGUUUGGACAUCACUUCCUAAAGCGCAUCAGUUUCGCCAUGAUACCGGCAGCGUUCGUCGUCGGUGUCAUCACCACUCUGCUCUCUGCCUUGACCGUGGUCUCGAUGAAGGGUUUGGGUGUCGGUGUAAUUCUUCUGGUGCUUACCAUCUCGCAAGUAAUUGCCAGAAGCUUCCCGGCCCCACUGCCACCACCAGUCCCGGUGGCCUACAGUGCGCCUGCCCCCGCGCCCAUUCCCCUCCUCUACAAGGACUGGUGA